CAGCCGAGUGUGGGGGCGGAGAUAUCGGAGUGUGGAGGACGGAGAGGAGAAGAGAGCGGACAGUGAUCGGGAUGGAGCGGCCGGAGAACCUCAUUGCUGAGAAUUUCCCUCCUCUGCAGAAUGACACGUUCCUGCGCGCCGCCCGCGGGGAAGAGUGCCGACAUGUGCCGGUGUGGUGUAUGAGACAGGCUGGCCGCUACCUGCCAGAGUUUCGGAAGACGCGCGCCGCACAGGACUUCUUUGCAUCGUGUCGCAGUCCGGAGGUCUGCUGUGAGCUCACCUUACAGCCUCUGCGUCGCUUCCCUUUGGACGCCGCCAUCAUCUUCUCCGACAUCCUCGUCAUUCCUCAGGCUUUGGGUAUGGAGAUCCGGAUGGAGCCGGGACGAGGACCCGUAUUCCCGGAGCCCCUCCAGACUCCUCAGGACCUGCAGAAGCUGAAGCCCACCGUGGACGUCUCCCAGGAGCUGGGCUAUGUGUUCCGUGCCAUCACCCUCACCCGUCACAAGAUCGCGGGGAAGGUCCCUCUGAUUGGCUUCACUGGCGCUCCGUGGACACUGAUGACCUACAUGAUUGAAGGUGGCGGAUCGGCAACCAUGUCCAAGGCCAAACGUUGGCUCUAUCAGAACCCAACUGAGAGUCGGCAGCUCCUGCAGCAGCUCACAGACGUCAUUGUGGAUUACCUGGUGGGACAGGUGGCAGCGGGUGCCCAG